UCUUUGCCUCCGUAAUUACUCCGUCGUUCACUUCUGUUUUUAUUGCAGUCAUAAUCAGCGUAUUUGCAGCUAAAAUGGCUUUCACAUACGAGGAACCACAACCAGAAAGUGGGAAAGGCCUUCACACCCAGGAAAGUGGUGAUGCGGGUUUCUCAGCUGACAUGAAGCAUGUCUCCAGUGACAACAUUGCUGGAUGUUGGUUGCCCAAUGCAAAUAAAAAGAGUUCUGUGAGACCCAUGUUUAUUGAGGCAGACAUCUCUGAGCUGACAACGAAGGAAAUGCCAGUGGAGUUUGAGCCUAACUACCGUGUGUUUACCGGGGAAGAGUUGGGUGAAGCGAGAAAGAGGAAGCAGUCAAGCCCUGACCCGGAAGAGCAACCAUUUCAAGGAAAGAUGGASGGAGGACCGAAAGAAGUGUUCGCUCCAUGCCGCCCGAGACAGAAAGCUCUCAAAAAAAUUCAAAACGGUCAUCCGAGGGCUCCAGGGAGAAGAAUUACUGAUCGCCGCAGCAMAAAAUUAAAGUGGAAAACCUUGAUUGGUGUGUGUUGUUCCAUGAUGACAUUGCAAUUAGUUGGUGUCUGUGGCGCGUCRGCUGAGUCUACUUGGGCUAUUGAGGUUACCUGUCCAACCAAGAGGUACGUUGUMAUGCUCUUCCAACCUGUCACACUCAAUUGUGAGUACACAACGAGUGCCACUGCCCAUCCUAUUGUCACAUGGAAGUACAAAUCCUUCUGCCGGGACCCCAUCAAAUUGGCACUUAGCCCCAGCAGUACGGAUACAGCCAUCUCUCAGGCCAACAUUGACCCCAUCAACAACUGUCCUGAUGCAGACAGAACAAUCCGCACUGUGGCAGUUAAGAACGGCGAUUCGGUCGUACUGGGCAAAGAAUACGCAGCUCGCAAGAUCAACAUUAUAAACAAGGCAGACCUGCAAAUCUCUGACACUCAAUGGGGGGAAAGUGGUGUUUACUUCUGCACCGUGGUGUCACCCACGGAUAUUUCAGGGAAUAAUGAAAAAUUCACUGAAUUAAUUGUGCUUGAGAGAAAGACUAAUACUACUGACCUCCUGCCUGGCAUUGACUUACUGGUUAUGGAAGACUGGCUCCUGGUCCUUCUGGUAGUCUUGGGCUUCUUUUUGCUCCUUCUUCUCAUCGGGAUCUGCUGGUGCCAGUGUUGCCCUCACACCUGCUGCUGCCUCAUCAGCUGCCCCUGCUGCCCAGAUCGCUGCUGCUGUCCGCGAGCAUGUAAGUAUCAAGGACAAGAGCAGAUGCCCAAACAUAUUUCUCAUUUUUUUGCAGUGGGUCAUGGGUCUCAUGUGCCUUUGCUGCAGGACAGUGGAGGAGAUCACACUCGUAGUGGUUAUCGCAUUCAUGUGGACCCAGAUGGAAAUGCAACCCGGGCCAUUUACUACAUGGAGAAGGAGCUGGCCUCAUUAGAUCCCUCCAGACCUGCAAACUACARYCGCUUGGAAAACAUGAGCACAGUCACCUCCCUGCAUGACAGCGUGGAACCUCGAGGACGCGGCGGUCGCCCACCGAUGCCCACACUUUACGACCGAGACGAAGCCAUGAGCACCAUCAGCAGCGUUUCCCAGCAAGGGCAACGUCGUGACGACUACCCACGCCACGGUGGAGGUCACAUGGGCGAUCGAGCACGUGCUCGCUCUAUGGAUAACCUUGAUGACGUUGGACGGCGAAACAGAAAUGAUCACCCGCCUCACAGGGGCCYCGAUGAGCCCAGAGGCAGGAGAGGCUCUGAUGACGAGUGGAGCAGCAGCGCUCGCAGCGGCUACGAUGACCGGAGACGUCGCGACUACUCC